UGGAUUCCGAUUAACAUCUGAUCGAGAAAAAUUUAUUUUCGUUUUCAUUUUUAACUUUUUUCGUGUCUGUUUUCAGGAUUUUAUUCGACAAAGAGAUCUUAUGUGGAAAUAGAAAUAACAUUAAUACGAAUACUGAGCCAAAAUGGCAGGGUGCUGUGGCUGUUGCUCAGCCCUGAAGCCGAGAUACAAGAGACUGGUAGACAACAUCUUUCCAGCUAACCCUGAGGAUGGGUUACAGAAGAAUAAUAUGGCACAGCUAACAUUUUUUGCUGUGUCAUCACCUGACAAACUUGAUAAAAUUGGUCAAUAUAUGGAGCAAAGACUUAGCAGAGAAGUGCAUAGGCAUAAGAUUGAGUAUGUGUUUAUUGCAAUGGAGGCCUGUGAUCAGCUGUUGAAGUCAUGUCAUGCCCAGUCUCUUAACCUGUUUGUGGAAAGCUUUCUCAAAAUGGUGCAGAAACUUCUUGAGAGUGAGGAGCCAGAACUGCAAAUCUUAGCAACCAACUCGUUUGUGAAGUUUGCCAAUAUUGAGGAAGACACGCCGUCAUACCAUCGCCGAUAUGACUUCUUUGUGCAGAGGUUCAGCACGAUGUGUCACAACAACAAUCCUGACCAAGAGAUGAGAACAAGGAUCCGAAGCGUUGGUCUCCGUGGGUUGCAGGGCGUGGUGCGGAAGACCGUCACUGAUGAUCUGCAGGUGAACAUCUGGGACCCAAUCCACAUGGACAAGAUUGUACCAUCCCUGCUCUUCAAUAUGCAUGAUUCUUCAAGAGAGUCGUCAGCAGAGGUUGAAAGCCCGAGAGAUGAGGAACAUCCUUCUUACGUUGCUGAAAACGUCCUGCGUGAUCUUGUGUGUCGAGCUGCCUAUGGAAACAUCAAGUCAUCCAUUACACCAGUAUUAGUACAUCUUGAUAAUCACAAAUUGUGGCAGCCAAACAGUUUUGCCAAGAAAUGCUUUAAAAUUAUAAUGUAUUCUAUACAGGCACAACAUGGCUAUCUAGUGAUCCAGAUGUUGAUGUCUCAUCUAGACAAACACACCCACAGUGACCCCAUGAUCAAGGCGGGCAUAAUUGGGGUUCUCUAUGAGACGGUCAUCAUUUCUGUUGGUGGAACUAUCGGUCCCUCUGUGCUGGAAGUGUUCAACAACCUCCUGCGCCAUCUGAGCAUCUCGCUGGAUCGUAAGAGUGAGAAUGAGGAGAGACGUAAGGCGGAAAAGAUAUUUGAAGAAGCUAUCAUUAACACAAUUGGUGAAUUUGCCAACAGUUUACCAGACUUCCAGAAGAUUGAAAUUAUGAUGUUCAUUUUGGGAAAGUUUCCACAGUUCACCAAUGAUGAUGAUAUAUGUGGACCCAUGGAUACUCAGCUGCAGAUUCAUUUGCUCAAGACUCUACUCAAGGUGGCUACUAGGUACAAGACGGUAGUCAUGCAGAAUGCGUUUCCUCAUGAGUUCAUGCACCCUCUCCUACAGAUCUCCCGCCUCGACGACCCCGGUAUGAGGAUCACCGUCCAGGAAAUUCUACAGACCCUUAUAGAUCGGAACGGCAACUCUAACAAGCUAAACCGAGUCUACAUCCCUAAAAAUAUAUCUGAACUGGAAUUGAGAAUUGAAAAGAGCUCCAGACAGGACAUCAUGUUCAUGAAAAAGAAUGGUUUGGAGUUCUACUGGUUUCUGUAUGAGAACAUGCAGAUGCUGAGCAACACGGUGGAGAAUUUCGAGGCUCUGUACUGCACCAUGGGACUCAUCUACAUUGAACUGGGGGAAAACGAUAUCUUGAUCGAACUCAUUCGACUUGCCCUCGACAUACAGCAAACAGUUAUGAAUAACAGCAGCCUGCCACUGACUCACAAGUGCGCCAUCCAUGCCCUGAUAGCCGCCUACUUGAACCUAAUCUCGCAGUCAACAGACCUACCAGACCUGAGACAGUACAUACAAAAGGUAAUAAAAACCAGAGAGAAAGAAGCACCUCAUCUCCUGCCCAACUUUGCCUACAACCGAACCAACAGACCGCACAGCUUUAAAGACUUAGAAAGCAGUGACCUUUACCCUACUCACGAUGUGUUGAAGGACAGCUGGCUGUUUGAUCACAAUGCUAUUUCUAAAAAUUUGACAGACAGUGGACUCGAUACGGCCCGACUGUCUUCACCUCUCACUCAGAAACCAUUUGGUCUUGACCUGACUGAAAUGCAGAGUGUCAGUGAUAUCCAGUCCAUCAACAUUGACAUAGAGAGUGUGGAUGGGUCUCCAGUGUUUGGAAGAGUGAGUAAAAGUGAUGAAGAAAUAACAGUAGAGUCACUGAAGAGGAUGCUAGUGGAGGACAAUUUGUCUGAGAGACUGGACAAGGACAGACGGAGGACGGAGAUUCACAAUUCUUUUCGUCAGGCUCCUUUUGAAGAACUCAUUGCCCGCUCAGAAGCCAAGUCCCCUUAUCACAACAAACUGAAUGAGAUUUUAGAUAUGGAGCACACACCGAAUGCGAGUCCAAUAUCAUUUGAGAUGCAAUUUCCCGAUCUCUUUGUCUACUGAUGUCAUCACAUUGAUAUGUUAACUUUGUAAUUUGAUUUGGCACCAUUUUUUCAGAUUUGCAGGUUAAAAAUAGUUUAGCUUUUAAAAUAUAAUUAAUCAAUUUUGACAGUCAUGUUUUUGGAAAUGACUUGCCAAAAUUAAUUUUGAUAAUCACAUUUUGGAAAUGGCUGCCAAAAGUUUGUUUUUGGAUGAAUACUUAUGUCUAAAGAAUAAGUUGAAGGCAGAACAAUUUUAAUGUUGUUAUAAAAGUAAAAAGUAUCAUUGUUCUGUGAAUGUCGAGCUGUCUAAUUUGAGUUCCCAUAUGACAUGUAACAACUACACCACAGAUGUUCUUCUUUUGAGAUGAGUAGAGCACUUGCCUGAGGUGCUUGCAUUGCAGGAUCGAACCACCUCAGUGGAUCCAUUCAACUGGUCAAAGGCUGUGGUAUGUGCUUUCCUGUCUGUGGGAAGGUGCAUAUAAAAGAUCCCUUGC